UCACGCUGAGCUGGAUCCCAAAUGGUUUCAGUUUGUUCUGCAUAGUAAACGCGCUCUCUCUUGGUUCUGUUUUUCCAAAGGCUGCUGCUCCUCGUGUGUGCGGCAUUGUAUUUGGAUGAGACUGUGCAACUGCUUGCUAUCUUAACGGGUUGUACUGUUUGUUUGUUUUUUAACUGAAUUGUUUUAGAUAAAGAGCCGCUUUAGAUAUGAAACGCAAGACUUGAAAGUAGAAAGAAACCGCAACUUACGCCGACUGCAAGAGAGAAAGAGUGAGAAUGGAUCAGCCUCACUCAAAGGAAGUUUCUGAGAUGGAAGCAGCUCGCAUCAGCCCAGAGCUUCCUGUUCGAUGGGUUGUUUCUGCAGACGGGACUGUUGAGAUCAAGGAGGAAGUGACUGAGCUGGGGUGUGACCAGGCCAAUGAGCGGAGCCUGCAGGAGGAAACCCCACCUUCUAGCAUCACUGAGAGAGCUUGUAAUAUAGAUGAAGGAGAUCAUGACUCCACUCCAUCACUCCACUGCAAAAACUCUUCUAGUGGCAAACCGCAGCGCAAGAAACGCAGAGAGACGAUACCACAAGAAGAGAAUGCAGACAAACUGAGAGUUCAAAUUCCCUCUGUACAAGACAGACAACCACUUACUCUGGAGAGUACAGAGACUGCACAUUCUGUGUGUGUGAACCAUUCUGAAACCCAGGGCAACUUGAAGACCCUGCCUUGUUCUACUGAAGAUGGGAAUAGUUCCUGGCAAUUAGGAUCUCCUAAAACUCACAAGGAAAAUUACACAGGAUGGACUCCAUUUCCCUGUGCUGAUUGUGGGAAGAGAUUCAGUUGUUUAUCAAACCUUAAAAGACACCAGCUCAGUCACACAGGAGAGAAACCUCAUCACUGUACUGAAUGCGAGAAGAGGUUUUCUCGAUUAGAACAUCUUACACAUCACCAACGAAUUCACACAGGAGAGAAACCAUACCACUGCAAUGAUUGUGGGAAGAGCUUCACUGAAUUAGGAAAUCUUAAAAAACACCAACGAAUUCACACAGGAGAGAAACCAUAUCACUGUAAUGAAUGUGAGAUGCGUUUCAAUUAUUUAGCACAUCUUAAAAAACACCAACAAACUCACACAGGAGAGAAACCACACCACUGUAAUGAAUGUGGGAGGAGUUUCAAUCAAACAGAGAGCCUUAAAAGACACCAGCGCAGUCACACAGGUGAGAAACCACACCACUGUAUUGAAUGUGACAAGAGGUUCUCUCGGUUAGAACAUCUUAAAAAUCACCAGCGAAUUCACAGGAGAGAAAUCACACCACUGUAAUGAUUGUGGGAAGCGCUUUCCUGAAUUAGGAAGGAAAACACCAAUGAAUUUACACAGCAGUGAAACCCUGAAUGCUGAAUGUUGAGAAAGGCUUAGUCUGGUGGAACACCUUAAAAACCAGGAAAUUCUCACAAGACAAAAAACUUGCCACUGAGGAGAUUAAUGUGAUUUUAAAAGGUAUUUAUAACGCAUUGAGUUAACAAUCCUUUAACAAACAAGCCUGCCUUAUAUAUAUAAAAAUCCUGCGUUUUAGACUUUGAAAUAGACAAAAUAAUAACACUCCAAUCAGACAUCAGAAUUUCACAUUUUAACACAUUCCAAAGAAGCACUCACUAUUUCUCACCCCCGCUGGUAAGAGACUGAAACUGCAACUAUUAAUUAAUCAAUAAACCUCUAUUGAUGGGGACACAUGGCUCUGUGCCAGGACUUAAUUGCCUUUGUUUCAACAAAUAUUCCCUCUGUUUGUUAAAAAAAAAAGUAUAUAGUGUUUAUAUGAUUGGUUAAGCCACGUCUCUUCCACAGAAGAGGGUGAAUCUUGAAGUUACAUACAGGUCACUGAAAGUUCGCCAUUUCCUGUCUGCAUUAGCACAGUAACUAAUGCCUGUACUUGGAAACUGCCAGGAAACUCUGUUUGUCAACUGCUAAACACUUUAUUAAAACCAGAAGGGAAAGACUGUUGCAGCGCUACAAAGGCAGGACUGUGACUUGGCUUCUUCACGUCUAAACCCCUGGAGCAAGGUGUAAACGCUGGGCUUCUCUUUGCAUCCCUCCAGGCUGGACCGCGGAGCAACGACCAUCACAGGAUUGGUAUUCUUCUUACUUAUAGGACUGCUUUAGUUCUUGAAAAGAGACUUAUACAUCCCUCCAAGUCAUAAAGGAAGGUAACUAUAUGAUUUAUUGAAUUUGCAGUGCAUAGCUUAGAAUCAUAAUGUUGUUUAAAUGCUUGUAGUGAUAUUUGUUGUCUAUAUACAGUAUGUGUAGGUGGUUCUGAAGUAUUGCUCAUAUCUAGUCGUUUUUUUUUCAAAGUAUUUAGCUUCUUAAUAAACUUUUUAUUUCUCAA